CUGCGUGGUCCCGGCCCUCUACCUGCUCCUCAUCAGCGUGGGCCUGCUGGGCAACGUCCUGCUGCUGCGGAUCUUCGCCACCGCCAGCGCCCUGCGGAGCGCCCCCAGCAUCUUCAUCUCCAACCUGGCCGCGGGGGACGUGCUGCUGCUGCUCACCUGCGUCCCCGUGGACGCCUCGCGCUACUUCUUUGACGAGUGGGUGUUCGGGGAGGUGGGCUGCAAACUGAUCCCGGUCAUCCAGCUCACCUCCGUGGGGGUGUCGGUGUUCACGCUCACCGCCCUCAGCGCCGACAGGUACAGAGCCAUCGUGAACCCCAUGGACAUCCAGGCGUCGGGGGCGGCGCUGUGGACCUGUGCGAAGGCCGUGGGCAUCUGGGCGGCGUCGGUGCUGUUGGCUGUUCCAGAAGCCGUGUUUUCCGAAGUGGUGCAAAUCGAUAGCUUGGAUAACAGUAGCUUCACGGCGUGCGUACCCUACCCUCAGACUGACGAGUUACACCCCAAGAUUCACUCGGUGCUCAUCUUCUUGGUGUAUUUCCUCAUACCCCUUGCUAUUAUUAGUGUUUAUUAUUAUCAUAUUGCAAAGACCUUAAUUAGAAGUGCACAUAAUCUUCCUGCAGAAUACAAUGAACAUACCAAAAAGCAGAUGGAAACUCGGAAACGCCUGGCUAAAAUUGUGCUGGUCUUUGUGGGCUGCUUUGCCUUCUGUUGGUUUCCAAAUCACAUCCUCUACCUGUAUAGGUCUUUCAACUAUAACAAGAUUGAUCCGUCUCUGGGCCACAUGAUUGUCACCUUAGUCGCCCGGAUUCUGAGCUUUUGCAAUUCUUGCGUCAACCCAUUUGCUCUUUAUUUACUCAGUGAAAGCUUCAGAAGGCACUUCAACAGCCAGCUCUGCUGUGGGAGGAAGUCCUAUCCAGAGAGAUCCACCAGCUACUUGGUCAGCUCUUCUGCAGUGCGUAUGACGUCUCUGAAAAGCAAUGCUAAGAACCUGGUGACCAAUUCUGUUUUGCUAAAUGGGCACAGCAUGAGGCAGAAAAUGGCACUGUAAUUUUGGCCAUUCAGCUUACUACCUGGAAAUAACUUACUUUUUAUUUCUAUUGAGCAGGGAAAAACUAAGCAAUUUUGUCUUUCUUAAUAUUUUUGAGUGAUUUCAUUAGACAAUUUCAUGAUGGACUUAGAAAAAGGCAAGACAAACAUAGCUGGCAUUUUUCUCUGAACAGAACCUUAAGUUACAUAAAUACAUUAAAAGUGAUUCAAAACCCAAUUCUGCAUGUAUAUAAAUCAGCAUUGCUUCAGGAUUUAAGCUGUUGCUAGAGCCAAUGCCAGUGUUAUCUUAAUUUUGUUUUAACUUGAGGCAGGAAAUCAAUUCCGGUAUUGACUCAAUGAUUCAAUGAGUGUGAUAUUCCAACUCUUAAUAUUUGAAAUACAAGUAAUAUUUUCCUGGUGAAAUUUAUUCAUACCUUGUGCAUGUAUAUAGCUCCUUUGUUUGAAUAAAAUAAUAGAAAAUUCAAAGGUGGAGUUUAACCAAAAGCAAAUAUUUAUUGUGAUUCUUUGUGUGAUAAACCGUAAUUUCCAGUAAUAACAUAUUGUAACUUCUAGGUUCAAGGGCAUUUAUAUUAUAAACAGUAAAAUAGGUGUCAUCUGAAUAUGGUGUAUAUUGUGAAUGUAAAAUAGGUAUCAUCUGUUCCAAAUUGUAAAACUGUGAAUCAGACAUUGGCAUGGCCUUUUUUGGAUAUGUUGCUAAAUCCCUGGAUGUUUGGAUGAUUAUAGCUAUAAUCAGAUUUGUGUGAUUCUGGUGAGUUCGACCAUCUACUCACCUUCUCUUAGAGCCAUGGUUUGGUUCAGGUCAGGGCCCGGGCCCGGGUUUCGGGCUCUGUCCCCAGGGGGGGGCGUGCAGGAGGCA